CCCGCGGAAGAAGCCCCGCGCCUCGGCGGCGGAGGGGGCAGGAGAGCCCGGGGCCCCGGCCGGCCGCGCAGGCCCGCGCCCGCCGCCCGCGGCGGAGGUGGAGGUGGCGGGGCCGCUCGGCGGCGGCGUCAUGCAGGCCAACGGCGCGGGCGGCGGCGGCGCGGGCCCGGGCCCCGAGCUCGCCUGCCCGGCGGCGCACAACGGCGAGGCGGCGGCCGAGCUGGCGCACGCCAAUGGGCUGCCGCCGCCCGGGCCCGCCGCCGCCAACAAUGGCAGCGCCGCCGGCCACCACGGGGUCCCCGGCGGGGCCGCCGCCGCCCCAGCGCCCGCCACCGCCGCCUUGGCCGCCCCCGAGCUGGGCAGCGGCCUCAAGAAGAAGAAGCGGCUGUCGCAGUCAGACGAGGACGUCAUCCGGCUCAUCGGGCAGCACCUGAACGGCCUGGGGCUCAACCAGACUGUUGAUCUCCUCAUGCAAGAGUCAGGAUGUCGUUUAGAACAUCCUUCUGCCACCAAAUUCCGAAAUCAUGUCAUGGAAGGAGACUGGGAUAAGGCAGAAAAUGACCUGAAUGAACUAAAGCCUUUAGUGCAUUCUCCUCAUGCUAUUGUGAGGAUGAAGUUUCUACUGCUGCAGCAGAAGUAUCUGGAAUACCUGGAGGACGGCAAGGUGCUGGAGGCACUUCAGGUUCUGCGCUGUGAGCUGACGCCCCUGAAGUACAACACGGAGCGCAUCCAUGUCCUCAGUGGGUAUCUUAUGUGUAGUCAUGCAGAAGACCUGCGAGCAAAAGCAGAAUGGGAAGGCAAAGGGACAGCAUCCAGAUCAAAACUGUUGGACAAACUUCAGACCUAUUUACCACCGUCAGUGAUGCUUCCCCCACGGCGUUUACAGACUCUCCUGCGGCAGGCGGUGGAGCUACAAAGGGACCGGUGCCUAUAUCACAAUACCAAACUUGAUAGCAACCUCGAUUCUGUGUCUCUCCUCAUAGAUCAUGUUUGUAGUAGGAGGCAGUUCCCCUGUUACACUCAGCAGAUACUCACGGAGCAUUGUAAUGAAGUAUGGUUCUGUAAAUUCUCUAAUGAUGGCACUAAACUAGCAACAGGUUCGAAAGACACAACAGUUAUCAUAUGGCAAGUUGAUCCGGAUACACACCUGCUAAAACUGCUUAAAACAUUAGAAGGACAUGCUUAUGGUGUUUCGUACAUUGCAUGGAGUCCAGACGACAACUAUCUUGUUGCUUGUGGCCCAGAUGACUGCUCAGAGCUUUGGCUUUGGAAUGUACAAACGGGAGAACUACGGACGAAAAUGAGCCAGUCUCAUGAAGACAGUUUAACAAGUGUGGCUUGGAAUCCUGAUGGAAAACGCUUUGUGACGGGUGGUCAGCGUGGGCAGUUCUAUCAGUGUGAUUUGGACGGAAACCUCCUGGACUCCUGGGAAGGAGUGCGUGUGCAAUGCCUUUGGUGCCUGAGUGAUGGAAAGACAGUCCUGGCGUCCGACACACAUCAGCGGAUUCGGGGGUACAACUUCGAGGACCUUACAGAUAGGAACAUAGUACAAGAAGAUCAUCCUAUUAUGUCUUUUACCAUUUCAAAAAAUGGCCGAUUAGCUUUGUUAAAUGUAGCAACUCAGGGAGUUCAUUUAUGGGACUUGCAAGACAGAGUUUUAGUAAGAAAGUAUCAAGGUGUUACACAAGGGUUUUACACAAUUCAUUCAUGUUUUGGAGGCCAUAAUGAAGACUUCAUCGCAAGUGGGAGUGAAGAUCACAAGGUCUACAUCUGGCACAAACGUAGUGAACUGCCGAUCGCGGAGCUGACAGGGCACACGCGCACGGUGAACUGCGUGAGCUGGAACCCACAGAUCCCAUUCAUGAUGGCCAGCGCUUCCGACGACGGCACUGUUAGGAUAUGGGGGCCUGCCCCCUUUCUAGACCACCAGAAUAUCGAAGAGGAAUGCAGUAGCAUGGAUAGUUGAUGGCGAAUUUGGAGCCCACGACAUCUGUUUAACUUAAAAUUAGUCGUAUUUUAAUGGCUUGGGAUUUGGUGCAAACAAACAUGAUUGAUAGCUGGACAGACAUGCUCGUCAUGAAAAAAGAACCAUUUCUGAAGCCCGACUGGGGCCAAACAUUUCCACCUUGCUUCAUAGUAACCAGUUGAGAUGAAGCACGUCGUAGAGCGUUGUUGGACACCAUGUUGAAUACCCCCCAUCGGUCGUGAAGAACUGUGCUACAUUCAGGCUUACCCACUGAACUCAGUAUAUAUAUUUUUUUCCCUCCUGCCUUUUGUCUGGCAGGGUACCAUUCUUGUUGCUCUUCUGUGUAAUGAAGUUUAAAUGCUUGUUUGGAAAACUUUAUUUAACAGUUUAGAAGGCUUGAUAGAAAGAGUGCAUUAGUCUGAAGAGUAUACAUUGGAUAGGAAAGAAUUUCCUCUUUUUGUUUCUCAAUCUUUCCGCCUUACUUAGCUUGAGAUCUUUGCAGCUUGGUUCAUGGAUUCUAGCCUUGCCCGUUGCGCAGUAUAUACUGAUACAGAUGACAAACCAGUGAACUAUGUCAAAAGCACUCUCAAUAUUACAUUUGACAAAAAGUUUUGUACUUUUCACAUAGCUUGUUGCCCCGUAAAAGGGUUAACAGCACAAUUUUUUAAAAAUAAAUUAAGAAGUAUUUAUAGGAUUAAAGUGACUUCAUUUGUAUACAUCUGGAAUCUAAACCAGCUUAAAAACAGUUCCCUAUACAACUUAAAUGUGCAGCAUAACUGAUGCUCUCCUGGAAUUCCACAUGAGACACAGUCAGAGACAGUGCUCGGAAGGACAUGACACAGUGCAGUCGCCCUUAAAGGCUCCCCUCUUUAUUUUCCUUUCUGAUGGAACAUCAGCUGAUGUUGAAGAAAUUCAUGCUUGAAAAAGAAAAUUUUAAAUGCACCAACAUGAGAGAUCAGUAGUUAAUUUAGGUUUUCGAAAAGCUUGUCUCAGGUUGUGCUCAGCUUGGAAAGUCAUUUUGGUGUGAUCUAGCAAAAGUAGAAAUCAGAUACGGAACGUAAUACUUAGGUAAAUGAGACUGUUAGAAGAAUUGAGUAGAUUACAGAGAUACGUAAGCCGGGAUAAAAACCUAGUCCUUUCCCACAGUUGCCCUUAAUAUGCUGACCUCCAGGGAUACAUGAAUUGGAUGAAUAUUCUGCCUCGGUUUUUUAGAUGUUGCCAUACUGAGCCUCGUUCUCCAUGGUGCUGUGUGUGGGUAGUCUUUCCCUCGCUGGUUUCCUUCAUGGAAAAGAAUGUUUUCAUUUUGAGAAUUUCACCUUUAAAAUAAGCCAAAAGCCUGAUGUGCACGUUGUAUUUUAAACCCCUGACAGCCGGGUACAGUCCAUUCUCCCUCGAAGCCGCCCUGCUCUGCAGUAGGAAGGAGGAGUGGGGAUGCCCGCAGAGUAAGAUCCCCUCGAAGACUAGCCAAGUGUACUGCGCAACAGGGCUGUAUUUCAGGUCCCCUGAGGGGAGGAGCCUGGGGCAACCAAAGAUUGGACAACAAGGAGAAAGGGGGAGUCAUGGAAGGGAGAAGGAAAGAAAGAAAACACAUUUGGCCUUAAAAUAGCGGGCAUUCUUGCAAAAGCCCACAGUAGGAGAAAAUGAUAAGUCGUGGUCAGAUUGUUUUAUCGAGUUGGUAUAUAAAAUACUACUUUAAGCUCCAUUUUACAGAGACCACCUCUUAGAGAAUCAAUUCCUCUUUUGAUACUUCUAAGUUAACUGUUGCCGUUUAUCUGGUACUUAAGUUUUCUUGACUAAAAUUACUUUUUACUUUAAGCUUGAAUAAAAUCUUCAUUGGUAACGCUAUACAAUUAAGUGGCAACUUCUCUUUACCUCAGUACAGUUAGAACCAUUAAUUCCUGUGUGCCCUCAGGCUGUUAGUAUGUCCUGUCCCAUACUCCGGGACACUGCAGGAUGCCGGCCUGGGCCCUUCAGGGCAUCAGUGUGUAGCUGCAGGGUGCUUUGGCACAGGUAACACUUGCUGCGCUCUGCACCCAUUCAGGGGCAAAUUAGCACUUGGAUUCUUCUGCACCCAGCCCCCAGAUCUGUGUUUCCACAGUACUUCUGAAGUAUAGCUAGGAACACAAAGUGAGGCACAUUUACAAGUACGUAACUCCAGUUAAAAUGGAGUGACAACUAUGCAAAGGUUUCCAAAAGCAGCUAGGUGAGUUUGCUUUCUGGAUCUGCCUAACCUUAACUGGCAGCUUCUUACACACUGGUACUUUGCUGUGCCAAUUUGCUGUAAACAUCUGUUUCCUACAUUUGCCAUGCAAUGACUGCUAGAAAAGUGGAAGAAAUGAAGAAACCUAGGAUUUUCUGAUGUAACAACCUAAUAGGAUUUUCUAACCCAUAGAAAUCACUGAAAAUUUGCAGUAAUGCUGUAGAUUAUUAUAGGAGUAAGAGUGAGAAUACCACCAAGUCAGCCACAAGAUAUUAACAAAUGUCAAAUUGAAAAGUACCAAUACUUUUUGCACAUAGAUCAAAAUAGAGUGGAGAACUUUUGGCUCCAAAAAUCAGGUUAGUAGGCUCAUUUCCAUGUGCUUAAAAAAAGUUUUUGUUAUCUAUGAAGGGCUAGAGCAAGAAUGAAAUUAAAUGUCUUUUUCCUCCACGUAAUUGGAUGCUAAUGGUCACAUACUAGAUUUGGGGACUAUUGAGGUUGGUAUGCGGGUGGUGGAAAAGGAUUAGAGUAGGAGUUGGGAGGGAUGAAAAGGUUUCUGUUUGGUUUUUGUACCUAUGCCAGCUACAUUUCUGUUGCUCUUACUGUUGGCCACAUGUGUUCUAUUAAUCCAGGUAAGUAGUUUUAGUGGAGGACAUUUUUAUUUGCCAGUGUCCUCACAAAUUGACCCAUUUUAUGGGGUGGGAGAACAAGGCAUCCCCUAAUUAAAAUAACCUGCUCAUUAGGAGAAAAAAGUUUGUCAGUGUGGGUCUGAAAGGACACAAGUAGUAGUCAGCUGAGCGUUAGCAUUAGGAGUAUUCUGCCCCUAAGGCGUUCCAUGACAUUAAUAGAAAACCCUUCUGUUCCACCCUCCCCGUCUUGGAAUUUUCUUUUCUAGGACGUUGCCUCCUGCAAGUCAGUUGCCCGUGGGUCACUAGCGCGCAUCUGCAGGAAGUGUCCCUGUCACUUUCUUUCACAGUAGAAGAAUGGCUGCUUUUGAAUGGGGAGGAAAGAAGACAUUUGUCUUAAUAUCCUUUUUGUCCCAUUUCUAAAAUGUAUAAAUAUUUUGAUUUAGUUUAAUUUCUCAUUUAGACUUUAGCAACUCUCCUCUUGGGUUGCUACUCAAAGCAUUACUACAUUUCAGAAACCAUGUCUGAUUUAAUAUAUAAACUGCUAACUUUAAGAGGUGAAUUUGAAUUUACACUUAGACACUUUCUAAAAACAGGGUGAACAUAAUUAAAAUUUUCCAGUAUUAAGCUAUUGUUUUAGUAGCUGCCCUAUAGUUGAAACAGCAAAAACUGUAAAAACCUUUCCCUUAUCUACUUAAUCCAGAUAGCCUGGAUUAACAAAGCUAAUAGUAUAAAAACGUGUGUAUGUGUGUGGUGUGUGUGUGGGAGAGAGUGUACUUGAUUCAUAAAAAGCCCUUGCACAGCUGUUCGGAUUCUUGUUGGUCUUCCUCAGUCUCGUGCACAUGUGAAGUGCCCUCUCUUGAGUUUAAGGUUUGGUUAAGACUGAUAUAUUUUUAUAAGACUGAAAUUGUGUCCCCAUCUUUAGCUUAAAACAUUGUCAGGGUCAUUGUGCUAGAACUGAAUCCUAACAUUUUUAGGCACAGAUGGACAACUGUUAUUGGCCUCUUUAAAAGUGUGUGUGGGGAGGGAACAGCUCACAGAAGCACUUACAAACCAAGGGACUUACAAACCAAGCUGUAGAGAUCAAAAGGAGAACAGAGUGUUAAUCUCAAGAUUUCUGAAUUGUCAUAAUUUACAUGGCAUUGUGGUGGAACUAGUUAACACUUAGAGCUUUUGGUAUAUAAUUACUAUUUGCAAUGGACUGAUUAAAUGUUUCAAAAGAUUAUGUUCUUAAAUUUUGAUUUUUUUUAACUGCCUCAGAUUAUAUUUAGUAGUUUAAAUUUCUUUGCUUUAUUAUUUCAUUAAACUAUAAAAACUUCA